AUGGAGUCUGUGCAGGGCAUAAAUAAAUGUUUGUUGAAGCUCCAAGAGCACAUUGGACUCGACAUGAAUGGCAGACCUACGUGGUAUGACGCCCCGACCCAUAAGAAGGCUUGGAAGAAAUUUGCUGUCUCUUUGGCGAAAAAGGAUCAUUAUUCAAUACUCGAAAAAUUAGACAAAGACAACAGAAUCAUUACAAGCCUGACCAGAGACAGCAUAGAGCUAGAGCCUGGAAGGUCAAGCCGUUCACGUGGUCGAGAGCCCUUUGGAAACAUUCGUGAAUGUGCACGAAGUCUGCACAAUGUUCUAAAGGCUAGCUGGCCGUGCACUUGCACAUAUCCGCAUAGCGCAGACAUGAGACUUGAGAUUCGAGACCACCUAUCUGACCUGUCUUUUCGCAUCUUAUUUGCGCCCGCCGUGGACCUACAUACCACACAGUUACAAGGCUUGACAUGGCAAGAAACCGAAAUCCGCCCGGUAGACCUUAGAGCCGAGGAGGGCAUCGGUAUCCCUCAGUCGAAUCGUAUUGAAACUCACGAUGUACAUGAUCCCAUGCUCCCGACAGGAUACAACGUAAACACUGAUACCGCCGUGGUAUCUUCCACACUCCAAUCGAGUUCGAUUGGAAGACCUUUCUUGGGUAAAUGCAGUCUCUUUUUUGAGCAACUCAAAAAGAAUAUAUGGACAACAGAAGAUAUGUCCUGGGCUGUGGAUGUCCAAGGUGAGCAGCAGGGCCAGCCGCAUGCUCAGCAAGGUGUCACUAGCCAGGGAGCCAUAAGUCCUGGGACUGAAAAGGAGGCCAACAGUGGGAGUACCGCCAAUAUAGAGAGGAUUGCCAAUUUAUGCCAUGCCCUACGAGAUGCUCAAAGCAAGCAAAAGCAUGAAGAAUGCUUCGGACGCUUGAUCGGUGAAAGCUAUUGCUUUAGUGUCUACAGUAUGUUCUCCAACCCUGUGAAAGCCUUUUCAAGACAAGGCUCGACAACCUUAAAUGAUCUAUUGAACCUUAGUUUCGAUACGCACUCGCAAGCUGAAGGUACUGCCUUACCAUUGACUAAACGUUCUCGUCUCCGUAUCGCGGUUACACUUGUCUCGACAGCUCUUCAGCUGCACGAUACUCCUUGGCUGAAGAAGACUUGGGGAAAGAAGGACGUUCUAUUCCACGACGGCUCAGCAGAGUAUCCAUAUAUCUCAAAGACAUUUGCUCAAGGAAACUCAGGCGUUGCCGAAGCCAUCAGCAUUCCUGCGACUGGCACAUCCUGGACGCCCAUCCGUAACGAAAGCGUUUUCAAUCUCGGGGUGUUGCUGCUUGAAUUGGCCUACGGGAAACCCCUACUCAGUUUCCAGAAUCCCAACGACCCGCCUUUUUUCACCGAGUACGCUAUUGCAAGUCGCCUUGUCAACCACUUAGUAGAAGAGGAGUCUUCCGGGUACGUGGAUGCUGCAAGAGCUUGCAUCUACUGCGAUUUUGGAACAAAGGUCAAGAAAUUGGGCUUUGAUAAUGAAGCCUUCAAGCAGGCGGUCUACGACAAUGUCCUUGUGCCCUUGGAGGAUGACUGGAAGCACUGGAACAGAAGCUAUUGA